AUUUCUUGCUGGGCAAGUGGACAAUUCCUGAUUCCCUCCCUUCCCCAUCACCUCCCCAUCCCCCACAAAAUGGAAUAUCAGUUUCAGUGGGCGUCCAAAGGAGCCGGAGAUUGAAUCGGGAGGUUUAAGGUUUUACACCGCCAUGGCAGCAGCAGCGUCAGCUCUCUGUACUACUGUACUUGCCAUCUCGCCAGCAAACUACAACGCCCGAAACAACCGUUCUCGUAUCAAUCUCCUUCCCCUUGCCUCACGCCGUCCGUCACUUUCCAGGAAUCGAAACCCUAGCAAAUUCAGCAAAUCCUACCCGAUACGAGCAGCUGUGGUGCGCGAACAGGAGGAAGAGGAGGUGGUUGUAGAAGAAACUUUUCAACCCAAGAAAUCUAGCUACGAUGUACAAGAGGGCGGCGGCGGCGGACCGGGGGAGCCUCCUCAAAUUGAUUCGGAUCAAUGGAUCAUCAGGAUUGAGCAAUCCAUUAACGUCUUUCUCACGGACACGGUGAUAAAGGUUCUUGACACCUUCUACCGCGAUCGAGAUUAUGCGAGGUUCUUCGUUCUUGAAACCAUUGCGAGGGUUCCUUAUUUUGCAUUCAUUUCUGUUCUGCACUUGUAUGAGAGUUUUGGUUGGUGGAGAAGAGCAGAUUAUAUAAAAGUACAUUUUGCUGAGAGUUGGAAUGAGAUGCACCACUUACUCAUCAUGGAGGAACUAGGGGGUAAUAGUUGGUGGGUUGACCGAUUCCUCGCUCAACAUAUUGCAGUGUUUUACUAUUUCAUGACUGUCUUUAUGUAUGCAUUGAGCCCAAGAAUGGCCUAUCACUUUUCUGAAUGUGUGGAACACCAUGCUUAUUCAACUUAUGAUAAAUUUAUCAAAGCGCAUGGAGAUGAGCUGAAGGAAUUGCCUGCACCAGAAGUUGCCGUGAGGUACUACACUGGGGGUGACUUAUACUUGUUUGAUGAAUUUCAGACUUCCAGAACUCCUAACUCACGAAGGCCAAAAAUAGGUAUUCUACCUUCUCAGGCACUCAUUAUGAUCCCAAAAAUGAUAUGAAAGCUCAUUUCAAGUCUGUGCAUGUUGCCGCCGCCUGGCCUUUGAUGCUUUUGCCUUCAAGGUUGAUCAUCUUGGUCACUUCAUACCUGGAAUUAGGAAUCCCAUGCGGGAAAAAUAUAUUCGAUUGGCCUAUGACUUCUGAUUUCUAAUUCCUGCAAUGGAUGUAUGAUCCUCUUUGCUUUCAUAUUAUGCUCUGCACCUGGUCUUCUGCACGCAGAUAAUUUGUACGACACUUUUGUGAACAUCAGAGAAGAUGAAGGGGAACACUGCAAAACCAUGAAGGCCUGUCAAACUCCUGGUAAUCUGCACUCUCCACAUUCAUAUGCAGAUGAGGACAGCAAUGAAGAUGAAUCAUCUUCCUUAUGCGUGGAUCCUGAAUUGCACUGCGAAGGCAUUGUUGACUGCUUGAAGAAAUCUGUAGGCCCUGGUCUGUCUAAGACCAAACAGCAAGUUUAACCAACAGAAAUCUCUGAUACCAUAGCGACCCAAUGUAAAUGCUACGAAAUAUAGUGUGUAUUCGUCUAUUAAUAAAACUAUACAAAAUGGCAGGAUGAAGGCUAUCAGCUCCCCUGCGAGAUCUAGCUUCAGUUGUGGGAAAUCGUCACGAUUUCUUAUUUCAGCUCCAUCGUACAGGCCAAUGUGUUUUCUUCCACCAUGGAUGCCUCAUCUAGUCAUCUUCCCCUGCACUGUGCCGGCGGGAAAGAUUUCCAAACAUGGUUCUUUCCUUUUGUAAUCCUACUGGUUUUAAGGCUUUCAUAUACGUAACUCUUGGUUUGUACAUUUCGGCUCGUCGCCAUGGAAAGGUUAUACUUGUAUCUGUUCCAUCUAUUAUUUG